GGUUUUUUCUCGACUCGCGCGGGCGCCGGCUUUUUCUCAAAGCGCGGGCGCAUAGAUUGCGCGGCAACAACAGACGCGUUCAACGCAACGCGCAGACGCAGCGCUACUCGCGCCGCGGGCAAAAGCGCGCACAGCGAAGCCACAAGGCGGUCAGCGGCGACCCCCCCCAACCAGCGCAGCGCGCGCGCACACGACGCCGCGCACGCCGCCGCCGCGCGUUGAAUCAUGUCCAUCCUCCAGCAUAAUGGGGCCGCAAUAAUUUGCAUGGCCGGCAAGAAUUGCGUGGCCAUCGCCGCCGACACGCGCUUCGGCCUCCAACAACAAACAGUAGCGUGUGAUUUCGAGAAGGUCUUCAAGAUGUCCGACCGGAUGUUUGUGGGGUUGGCGGGGCUGGCGACGGACGUCCAAACUCUGAGAAACACUUUAAAGUUCAAGCUCGCCCUCUACGAGUUACGAGAGGAACGGGUCAUGAAGCCGGAAGCGUUUUCUGCAUUGUUAUCACACAUGCUCUACGAGAAGCGCUUCGGGCCCUACUUCGUCGAGCCCGUCGUGUGUGGCCUGAAGGACGACGGGAGCCCCUUCCUCUGCGGCAUGGACCUGAUCGGUGCCCCCGUGUACACUGAUGAUUACGUCGUCUCGGGCACGUGCACGCCGAACCUCAACGGCAUGUGCGAGUCCAUGUGGCGUCCCGACAUGGCGCCCGACGAGCUCUUCGAGACGAUCUCCCAGUGCCUCCUGGCGUCCGUCGAUCGAGACGCCCUGUCGGGCUGGGGCGCCGUCGUCCACGUGAUCACGCCGCAGGGGAUCACGUCGAAGUCGCUCAAGGGGCGCAUGGACUAGUCUUCAUAAGUUAUUAUUACUGCUCGAUGGGGUCGCCGUUCUCGUCGAGGCCAAAGUCCUUCCAGAGCUCGGGCGCGAUGACGUCCUUGAGCGCCAUGCCCUCGCCGACGGUCAUGGCCUGCGGGGGACGUCGCGUCGAUUGCGUUUCGGAUGUGACUUCUAUAAUCCGGCGUGGCGUCCACGUUUCAGAUUUUGCCUUCCGCGCGGGUCGUACGGCCGGCGUCACGCGGCCCGACGCGUCCUUCUUGUAGUCGAUGCCGCUGUCGAGGACGUCCUCGUACGACGGGUCGUCGUCGACCUGCGCGGACCGUCGUCGCCGGCGUCAACGGCAGUUUAUCAGUGUAUUUUCAGAGACUCGGGGGCCCACGUUGCCUCGUUCCCGGGGGUCCGCGUUGUAGGCCUUUGUGAGCCUCGGCCUCGACGGCUGGGCCACAAAUGCGGCGCAGAGCGCCGCAGAGCAUAGUAGCAGAACGGCACGCAUGCUGUCUAGUGUUUCGGCACGCUUCGGCUACGUGGUGGAAACGGUCUCAGGGGUCGCGUGCUCGUUGCGUGGCUUCGCGUUGCAGUGGAUGCUGCAAACAGGCCGUGCUGCUGCUCGGCCUAAUAAUAAUAGCUAGCGUCAUGUAAG